AUGGUGGUUGAACCUUACGGUUCGCGCACUCUGGAUCGUUCCAGGUUCGGGGUAAAAAGGUUCAUGGGUGGGGGUUCUUUCCCAGAGUUUUUUGUUUCCCAGCAACCUCAUGGAACGGGUUUUCUCUCUAAAAGACUACCUCGAGAAGAUACAACACAACCGUUGAAAAGGAAAGAAAGAUUUUCUCUGGAACCUGACUCCAUCUCCGCAGAUCUAGCAUUGGAAAAUAAUACAAGACCAGGGCACAAAAGUGUUGAAGCCUCCAAAGAAAGAACAAUAAAAGGAAUCGAGCUUCGCUUAGGCUCAGGACAGAACUUAGCUGUGAGCAAGAAAGAUUUGAGGAACAACGAACCUUCUUAUGUCAAAUAUUCUGCAUUCCGUAGUGAAGGAAGUGCCAAAAUCAUAAGAAUGCAAGAAGUAUCUAUCGAUCCUCUUGAGCCAUCAAAGUUUAGACAUAAAAAAGUUCCUAAGAGCUCCGGUACAGCUAUUCCCGAGACCGUACAUCAUAGCCCUGAGCGAGAAAAGAGCAGCAGUGUUCCAGAAGAAUGGAUCAUACCAGCUUCGAUUUCGAAUUGGAAGAAUCCGAAAGGCUAUACCAUACCUUUAGACAAACGAUUAGCGGCCGAUGGAAGAAAUUUAAAUUCAUUACAAAUCAAUGAUAAAUUUGCAAAUCUUUCUGAGGUAUACAUUUUUUUUUUGCUUGGACUACUAUAUUAUAUAACAUUUAAUUUAAUCAGGCCUUAUAUUUAG